AUGAUGGGCGGGCAAAACUGCCAUGCCGAGGUCGUCUUCGCAGACGGUGUCGUGUGGCUCGCGCGAUUCCGACUGUCCAGUCCCAUCUCGCCGCCGCUGGAGGUGCGUGACUACGUGCUGCGGAGUGAAGCCGCAACCAUGGAGUUUCUGCAGCGCCACACGCGAAUCCCCUCUCCCCGCGUGUUCGACUGGGCCUGCGAGUCGGAUCCGGCCAACACGGUGGGUGUUGGCUAUAUCCUGAUGGAGAAGCUGCAGGGCACGUCGUUGGACUGGCAGCGCGCAACCACCGCGCAGAGAGAGAAGGUCGUGCGGCAGCUCGCAGACAUACUGCUUGAGAUCGAGAGACACCCUUUUGACAGGUUCGGAUCCCUGGUGGCGACAUCGGCAAUGUCCGGAGGCGAGGUGGCAUCGCCGGCCGAGAUACAGGUCCGCGGUCUGGCGCAACAUUCCACCUUUUGGUGCGGUGUGGACGAUGGGCCGCCGGGCCCAGUGUGGAAGACGGCUGCAGUGGAAGAGGACGAGAAGUUCUUCUUGAAGCAUGCCGAUGACAAGGGCGACCACAUCUUCGUAAAUGCCGACUUUGACAUCGUGGGCAUCAUCGACUGGGAGUGGUGUAGCACGGCGUCCAGGGAGGAGGCCUUUUCCUCGCCGUGCAUGAUGUGGCCGGUGGCGACGUUCUACGACGGCUCCAACGAGCUGGUAGAAGAAGAAUUGCUGCUGGCCCGCGUAUUCCGCGAGAGGGACCGCGAGGACCUCGCCCGCUGUGUUCUGGAUGGGCGCAAGGUGCAGAGGCUGUUGUUCGCCCUCGGCCCUGGGACGUCACACGAGGACAGGAGGACGUUUGCCUGUCUUUUCAUGGGUCUUAAGCGGGCAUUCGAUCCGGAGCACAGGGGAAAAGAAGUCAAGCGAGGGGGGGAGGAAGAAGGGUGGGAGGCGUGGAGAGCAAGUGCGCUUGUGAAAUGGGCACAUGACGGUUCGUUAAAGGCUAUAAAGAACACAUGA